UUCAAUCGAUGACCGUUAAAGUUGCACAAAGUGAAAAAUUCUCAUAGGUCAAAAAUUUGUCUCAGUAAUUAUUAUAGUCUUUAGAGCCUGUCAAGUUUAGAAGAAGAAAAUUACAAUGGCAUUUCUUAAAUUCUUGUUCAUUUUCGUAAUCUUCGCCAUCGUUGUUGUAAAGAACAACGCAGCCCCCGCAGAGGACACGAAAGAAGUUCAAAAGCAUGACGACGAAAUGAUGGACACAGCGGAGUCGCAGAAUCCGUUCCUACCGCGUUUCGCCAUGAAAAAGCUGAAGGAGAGAAGAGAACAAGCGCGGGCUGAAAGAAGAAAUCAGGCCCAAAGAAGAAACAAUGUACAGAGUAGUCACCGGGAACCAUAUUACCGCCAUCCCGACUGUCCUCACAGGAGGUAUUAUUAAAAUGAAGAAGUUUGGAAUAAUAAUAUUCGUCUUGGGGGUUGGAAUAAUUUUUGCCGAAACCAUACCAGAAACAGAAACGGAAAAACCAGCACCCAAAGAUUCAUCAGUGUUAGAAAUAGUUACCUACACCAGCGAACUAGAAAAUGGAAAGGAAGAUAAUCAGGUAUUAAAAGCGACAGUCCAAGAAAAUAAUGAAGCUAAUAUACUACUCCAAGAACUAGAAACAGAAAAAUCGGAGGAAUUCGACAAAGCGAUUGAAAACGAACAAGCCAUUAUUGAUGCAUCAAUUGGAGCAAUAGAAAAUGAACACUUCCCUAUCAACUUCAACUGGGAUGGAUAUGAUAGCAUUGAUGAUGAUUAUGUGCCAAUGCAGGAGAGUGACUUUUACUACAAAGAUCUUAUGGAAAGAGAUCCAAAUGAAAUCAUGGACACCGCUGCAGGUUUCGUGCCGAUUCCAAUUUUAAAGAAAAGGAAACAAAAACCACGAAGAAAGUUUGCAAAUAGACGAUAUUUCAGAAGACCGAACCCACGACCGAACCCCUACAGAAGACAUUAUUAUUAUUAUCCCUACUAUCGCUACUACUACCCAGGCUCUCUAAGGUUUUACUAACUUAAUAUGCCAAUAAUAGAUGCUAGAAAACCUAUUUAUUAUAGUCCGCGCGGAACUAGUUGGCCGCGCCUUAGGUAGGGACAGGGGUGAGGGGGCGGGUUGCUUGCUGCUCGCAACGCACAUGAGAUUAGACAGUGACGACCAAUCUCGCAAUAUCGUGAACAAUAAUAUUACUUAUUUAAUUAUUGAAAAGAAUAAAUUAAAGACGAUCAGUUUUAUAUUCUGAACUAUUGACAUCGGCUUACCGUUUUUUAAAAAACGUAUGCACUUUUUAAUAUUCUUUCCGUAGAUUAUCUUUUUAUCGGCGGACUCAUCUUGCUAUUGCAAUCUCUUGUGCGUUUUGUCUAAACUAGCCAGUCAAAAUCAACAUCGCCCCCUCCUCUCCGUCCCACCGCUCACAUACCUAAGGCGCGGACUAUAAUCAUAGUGUAAAUUGUAAUAAAAGAUAAUAUAUAACUUA